GGUUCCUCGGUGCUUCUGAGGACUCGGCGAUCCGCAAUGUCCGAGCUGCCCGGAGACAGCAGGAUCCCGGGGCUGAGCCCCAUGAACGGCGUCGGCGACGUCCUGCAGGCGGGGAUGGGCGGAGGCAGUCAGAUUCCCGAAGGCCAGGAAAGCCCGCUGGCCAGAGCCGCCCGGUCCAUGGCGCAGGCGCCCGGCCUGGCUCCCGGGCAGUUCCCCGGCGUGGCGGGCCUGAUGGCGAUCCCGCACGUCCACGCGCCGCUCCUCCUCCUCGAGCUGUACGAGCAGCGGAUGUUCCAACACUACCUGCACACCAACCCCCUGAUCCCCACCAGGGUGCUCCAGGACAUCGAGGAGCGCCGCCGGCUGUUCGUGGAGGGCUGCAGGGCCAGGGAGGCGGCCUUCGACGCCGACCCCCCGCAGAUGGACUCGGACGGCCGCGACUUCAUGCUGGCGCUCAUAGCCUCCGACGCCCGCGGCCCACCGCCGACCGAGGGGUGGCCUUCGCCUAUAAUCCCACCCUCAGGAGGGAGGAGCCCGGAGGAUCAGGAGUUCGAGGUCAUCCUCCGCUAAGUAGCAAGUUGGAGGCCAGCCUACAGGCUUUUAAAAUUUUAAAAAAAAAAAAAAAUUUUUUUUUUUUAAAGAAGAUUGGUGGCCAGGAAGUCAGGUGACUCUUAGGAUCAAGGGCGAAGGCAGAUGUCUGGGCAAAUGUCAUGAGGUGGGACAUCCAAGCCAGAAUGCAGCCAUGGGCAGGAUGGAAUGAAGCAGGCUCAGAAAGACAUGGACACUCGAGGCUUGAGGCUGACAAGCAGAGGACUCUUCUGACUCCCACCUAGUGACUGUCAGCAAUCUUUCCCUCCCCUGCAUUUGUUGAAAAUCAUGUUUGCUUCACUGUGAAGGACGAUGGUUUUGCAAAGAUGAAGUCUAAGAAUUACCAAUGAGAGAGAUGAUAGAAAUCAACGGAGACGCGGGAAGAAACCGGGGACAUGUGCCUGUGACACUCAGUUGUUCCUAGAUUUUAUUGGAGUAAGAAGACUGUCAACAACUUGGACAUUUCAGGAUUAGGGGUCAUCUCAUUGUCAGCUGAGAAGCUCAGUGUAUCGUUAAUUCUUGUGUUUGAUGUUCUGUAGACAAGUUGUAAAUAUUCAGAUAGGAAAAUCAUGUAUGUGUUGUGAGAUGAACAUUUUUCAGGACCCUGUGUAAUUGUAUCCAUGUGGAAAUAGAUGGGUUAAUAUUUAAAUAAUACAGACACAAGACUCAAAAUUAGCAAAAGACACUACGAGAAGUUCAACUUUUCUGCCAAAUCAAAAACAGGUAUCCAUACAGAUAUGGGUUAAGAUGAGAAGUUGUUUUCUGUAGGGUUUUAAGAACUGUUUUAUAAGGUGUGUAUGAGUUGGUACCAGUCUCGUUCUCCCCCAAUCCUGGGUGCUGUGGAUGGACCCCAAGCCUGCUUGCCCUGCUCCCAGUCCUUCUGAAUGAAGGUAGGGUAGGAUCAUGGCUCAGUGGUUACAGGUAUCUGCUGCUAAGCCUUGUUACUGAAUUUGAUCCCGGGCGGGACCCAUGAGGUGGAAGAAGAAUCCGCACCCGUUUCCUCUGAGCACCAUGCAUGUGUGCAUACACAUGCGAUGUGAAAAAGACUCCAUGAUCAGCAUCUUGGGUUUUUAUGUGUUCGGUUAUAAUGGAAGUAAUUCUAUAUCUUUUUUUUUUUUAAUGACUACUAUUUAAGUCUGUAUCUUAACGUGUUUAAUGAACUAGUUGUCUUCUGGACAUCUG